GUGGGUGAUGGAGGAGGAAGAAGGGUUGGAGGUGGUCGGCCAUGGUGGACGGGUGUGGGUGAUGGAGGAGGAAGAAGAGUUGAGGGGGUCGGCUAUAGUGGAUAGGUGUAGGUGAUGGAGGUGGAAGAAUGGUUGGGGGUGGUCGGCCAUGGUGGACGAGAGUGGGUGAUGGGAGAGGGAGAAGGGUUGGAGGUGGUCGGCUAUGGCGGGCGGGUGUGGGUGAUGGAGGAGGAAGAAGGGUUGGAGGUGGUCGGCUAUGGUGGACGGGUGUGGGUGAUGAAGGAGGAAGAAGGGUUGGAGGUCGUCGGCUAUGGUGGACGGGUGUGGGUGACGGAGGAGGAAGAAGGGUUGGAGGUGGUCGGCCAUGGUGGACGGGUGUGGGUGAUGGAGGAGGAAGAAGAGUUGGAGGUGGUUGGCUACGGUGGACGGGUGUGGGUGAUGGAGGAGGAAGAAGAGUUGGAGGUGGUCGGCUAUGGUGGACGGGCGUGGGUGACGGAGGAGGAAGAAGGGUUGGGGUGGUUCGGCUAUGGUGGACGGGUGUGGGUGAUGGAGGAAGAAGAAGGGUUGAAGGUGGUCGGCUAUGGUGGUCGGGCGUGGGUGAUGGAGGAAGAAGAAGGGUUGGAGGUGGUUGGCUAUGGUGGAAGGGUGUAGGUGAUGGAGGAAGAAGAAGGGUUGCGGGUGGUCGGCUAUGGUGGACGG